AGAAGAAGAAAAACAACAACAACAACAACAACAACGAGGAGAAGAAGGAAAUAAAGAUCGUGGUUUUUUUAAUGCCAGUGACUUUGUUGACAAAGGGGAUGACGGAGUUCGUGAAACAGUUGAGAAGAAUGUUGACAUGAAGUUGGGUUUUUUAUCUGCUGUCGAUAAGUACGAGCAUGAAGGGCUGGAGAAGGAAGAAGAAGACCCAAGAGAAUUUGAACGAAAAUCAAAACAACUGAAAGAGGUAUUCAGUUGUUUGCCACUAGUUCUUAUCAAGAUAGUUCUCCGUCGAGAUGACGUGAAAGGAAAUCCGGAAAGAGCACGUCAAAAGCUACAAGAGUUUCAAGAUAUAAAGAAUCCUGCGGACGUUUUUAAUAAUCCAGCUGAAAGAAGGCCAUUGAUUACGAAACCUAAAGGAAAAUUUGAAGAUCCUCUAACACACGGCUCUAUUAAGCAAGCUUGGGUGGCAGGGGACAAAUCUUACGGAGGCCCUGAACACGAAAGUAAUAGAGGGAUGAAAAAUAGAAGUAAGCCAAGAGAAAAAAAUCAAACGCAGGGGAAACAUGGCGAUGCAGAACGACAAGAUACACGAAGAAAUGGUUGUGAUAGCGAUAAAUCGGAUCAAAAUAAGAGGAACCAAGCUUGUCGACGCCACAACUCAAGGCAAAGAGACAACACAAGAGCAGGACCGGAGAGGGGACCCAGAGGUGGGUUUUACCAGGAUCCAAACAACACCCAAGUGUAUAGAGAUGAUCAAUUUUAUAACACUCAAGGACAGUGGUUUGAUCAUAAAAACGCCUUUCUGUCGCAGAGAGGACGUGAGAACCAACGAGGACAAAGAGGUUGCUUUCGUCAGGACCCAAUUACAGGAAAUCGAGGUUAUUCGCGUUAUGGGUCUCAGGAAUGGCACGUUGGCGAUGAAGGCAAUUCUCAGCCUCAAAUGGGACGUGGAGGUCAAGGCGGUCGAGGAACUCCACCAAAACCAAAACCAAAACCGAAGCGAAAGGGUAGGGGACAAGGUGGGGGACGGGGUGGAAAUUUCCAAGAGCAGCAUCAAAUUCCGGGAGAUUUUCAGGAGAGCAAUCAAUUUUCAGAUGCUGAAGAUUACUCUCAGUUCAUGCAAAGACAACCGAACCAAAAAAAUGGAAGAGGAAGAGAUUCUCAUGGAAAUCAGUUGCAUCCAAUAUCCUUGAAGGAGCUUGUCAGCAUUAAAACCCCCAGUUCUUCCGAUGAUUCGGAACCAGGGAAGUUAAGACAAGGUGAAACCAACAAAGGCAGACAGGGAGACCGUGGUAGGCCACAAAACGGACUUGGUAACAGAGAUGCUGGUCAAACUGGAAUAAGACGAGCACAGAGCAUGCCCAGUGUGGCAGAAGAGGAGCCUGCUGAUCAGUCUUUAUUUGAAAGAAAUAAAAUACUCAUUCAAGGGCUAGGUGGAAAAACCUCUAGGGAAAGACUGGUGAACUUUAUCAAGGCAAAGAGUGGUGGGGAAGAGGUUAAGGACGUACAGAUGCUGAAGAAUGGAAAAGCCUUAGUCACCAUGGCUGAUGAAAUCAAAAAUUUCAUGGAAAUAAAGACUAAAUGCGAGGAGAGAGGUCCGGAUGAUGCAAAGGUUUCCAUCGAAAAAGUCCCGGUUUGCAAAAGCAUCCUUGUCACUGGCUUUUCAGACAUUACCCAUGAUUUUAUCAAACUGUACUUUGAGAGUCGUGGAAACGGUGGGGGUCCAGUGGAGAAGGUUCACUGUGUUCCUAAAAGUAGGCGAGCUGUGGUUGUGUUUCAAGAUGCAAAAGAUAUGGAAAGGGUGUUAACUAGACAUGAAGAGAAGCCUUAUGAGAUUAAACAAGCCCAGCUGUCAAUUAGAGCUUACCGAGAGUUUCUAGAAGACAAAGACGUUGAUGGAGUAGAGGAUUCCGGUGACUUAGGAGCUACUGCCACCACGGUCAGUGAAUCUAGAAUGAGCCAGAAACCUGAUGCCAAAGCACAACUACUGCACACAGCUGUAGAUCCCGAUGUUAUGGAAUACGCCACAUCCACAGGAUUCCGAGCUAAAUUGAACAACGACAAAAUGCAAUCUGAAUACAUUGAGCAAGUACAAAAUUAUCUCAGCGCAUUUGCGAGGGUUCGCACCUGCUUAGGAGUUGGUCCCCCGAUGGUCAAGACCAUUCCUGAUUCAGAUAUUGCUAGGAUCGCUUCAUCAGACGUGAAAAGUAAUGAGGAAAAGGUGGGGUCCAAGUUGAAAGAAAUCUACCACGAGGAGACCAGAAAAACUUACCUGAGGAAGAAAAUUUUAAAAGUUCCCAUGGAGCGCUUAAUUUUGCUGAAGAAGACAAAAUUUGCCGAGAAACUCCGAGAAAAGAACAAGGAGUUAGAGAUCAAGAUUAAUACUGAAGGUGAAGAAAUAUAUUUCAAAGGUCCCCAGCUACAAUUUACUGAGGCAACCUUGAAGUUCUACAGACAAAUGGCUGACAUGGUUGAGAAGAAACUAACUUUAUCCGCCAGCAUCCUGGAAAUUCUAAACUCAGAUGAAGGGCUUAAGACUGUGAAUUGUGAGUUGGAAAGAAACAACGUGGAAGCAGUGAUCGUAAUUAAGAAAGACGUCACCAUAGUGGGAUCAUCAGCAGCGCAUGCAAACAAUGCGGCGGGGCUCGUGAACAGGUUGACGGUGGAAGAGAAAGUUCAAGUGGACGAGAAAAGCAAGCAUUUGUUGAAGUCAUCUGAAUGGCUGAGGUUGUGUGACGAGAUGUACCAAACAACUGUCCGUGUCCGGAGAGACAAGUGGAACGAUACAUACGUGGCUGGGUUUCGUGAUGACGUGACCGAAGUGAUAAAGAAGUUAAAUACCUUUCUUGAAAACAAUUGCAUCAGGGAGGAAAGUUUUGUGUGCACGUCUGAUAUUAUGCGAAGGUAUCUUCUUGAGCUACGUCAAGAAGAUCUACGCACCAUAGAGAAUCAACUAAAAGAUUUUGUAGUGAGUAUUAAAAAGGGAAAAGACGAUGUUGAUUUUGUGAUUUCUGGAAAAAGAGAGGGUUUGAAACGUGCAGGAAAGAAGCUCUACUCUCUGAUGGAUUCGACUGAGUUCAAAACCUUUGAAGUGAAACAGCCGGGCCUUCGAAAAUACUUUGACAGUGGAAAAGGAGAUCGGCUGGUGAAAUUGGUGGAAAGAGAUCAAGACUGUGCCAUAAAAGUCCAGAAAAAUUUAGGUCGAGGAGGAAGGGACGAGGAGUUGCAGCCCGAAUCUGUAUCCAACGUCUCUACUUCUUCAGGCGCCUGUGAAGAUGAUGUGAAGGAUGACCACGUUACCACUGCUGGAACUGACUCGUCUACCCUGGUAAUAGCCCAAAGUCACAGAGUGUCGUGGAAACGUGGAAACAUAGGGGCAGAGAAGGUUGACGUACUUGUCAGUUCCCAAGGAGCAUGCGAGAAAGCAAUCAUUAAUGCUGGUGGUCCUCAGGCCGCAACCCCCAGCGUUGGUGACAUCACUGUCUCAGGUGGUUUUUCCUCGGUCAGUCACGUGAUUCACACAAACUGUUGUGAGUGGAACAACGGUGAAGGGGAGCCGACGCUAAGGGCCAUUGUUCAAAAGUGUCUGCGGAAAGGCGAAACGCUUGGAGCGAACUCCAUUGCAUUUCCUGUCAUUGGAACUGGAAAUCUACAAUUCCCACGCGAUACAGCCUCGAGAAUCAUGUUGGGGGAAACAGUCGAUUUCUGCCGAGCCAACCCUGGCUCUAAUUUACGGGACAUCCGAUUUGUCAUGUUUAACCAAGAUCAAGCAUUAACUGCUGCCUUCAAACAAGAGAUGGAAAAACUGCAACCCAAGCAAAUUGGCAACUCACAUUUGACAGUUGAGGUGGUAAAUGGUGAUUUGACUAAAGAGAACAGUACUGAUGCUAUCGUGAAUAUUCUGAGCACGGACAUGAACAUG